AAUUUUUAGAAAAGAUUGGCAACGUUGCAUUGAACGCCUGUGGCUACUUUCGGUUUCCUUUAGCUGCUUCUAUUCAAGGUUACACGUCGCGUUAUUCGAAAGCAUGCACGCCGACGCGCUGGCAGCCAUUGUUUAACCUCUUUCUGAGGCGAACGCAACGAUACACGAAAGAAAGAAGACGACGACCGAAAAGGAACGAACGUGUGUGGAAGGGUUUCGAACGUCUCCAACAAUGCACGUAGUAAGCCUACAGCGGCUACGCUAACCACCUCGGUGCAGCAUGUUCCAGCAGCGUGUUUAUUUUGGCCCAACGCAGGAUUAAAGCCGUUAUCUGUCGCCGCAAUGGCGUGUCAGAAAAAACAGGAGGUUGAAACGUUUCUGCAUUCGGUCCUGAGCUGCGAGAAGAAUGGAAUUCCGCUCUCUAAACUACAAGAGGAAUACACAGUGCUGAUUGGCAGCCCUAUACCCUUCCAAAAGUUUGGCUUUGACAAGCUGAUUGACUACAUAAAGAGCAUUCCUAACACAGCUGCUAUUCGAAAGUCACCUGACAAUGGUACAAUCAUUGUGCAAGCUGUGUACAAGCCCAUGACUGCUCAUGUAUCUCAGCUUGUUGCUGGUCAAAAGAUAGCAGCCAAAGCAAAGCCAGCCAGGCGGCCAGCUAGGCACCCUGCACCCAGGACUGGCCCCAGUGUGAGGUUUGCCUGCUAUCAAAGCAGGCUUGACAACCAAAAGCCAUCCACCACACCGCCAGUCCUGAACCCCAUGGCAAUGCCACCUAGGAAGAUACAUCGUGGUGUGAGCAGAGGGCUGCCUCCGCUGAGGCAGCCGUCUGCUAAGCCUGGCUUCAAGUACGAGGUCCCUCCCAGGUGGCAGCGGCCAAGCAAUGGGGCGGCUCCUGCUGUAGCAUCCACUAGCCUGCCAGGCAACGGUACUGAGGAGCCUGUGUCAAGGGCACCCCUGCGCAUGCCUCGGACAGCCUCUAACGGCUUGACCUUGCCGUCUGCGGCUGUACCCAUUCCCCCUCCUCCUGUGUCCCCACCACACGUGCCCCCGCCACCCCCCAAGUUGCCCACGCCACCGGCAACGCCACCUGCUCCGAAGACUUGCCGUGAGCUGGUGGAGGACUACGCACGAAGCCGUGGCUUUGAAGUGUCGUUUAGUGCACUGAGCAGCCGCAGCUCGAAGAAGGGACCUCUGGUGUGGCUGGCAACGCUGAAAAUGGAUGUGCAGUCCUUCAACUCGUACCCAGACGAGAAAGAAUCGCGGGAAGAGGCUGAAGAGGAGGCUGCACGGAAGGCCGUCUUCGUUCUUGGCCUUAACGACAAUUUGCAGAGCCAGCUGCCACAGACCAGUGUAUCGACACCUAAGCAAGUCGAAAACUUUGUCAAUCGAAUUAAAGAGUUAGUGUCGCAGAAGAGCAACGGCCUUUGGAACACAGUCGUGCCACAGAUAUACCAGGAGCAGUAUCGGGAGUCUGUACCAAAGGACUGGCUAGAGCUUGUCAAGGAUUCAGGAGUUGUAUUCGUGACCGAGUGGGAGGAGAACCGCUGCAUUCUCUAUCCUCAGACCAGCUCAAAGAAAAAUUCCCAGACUAAGCCCAGUCAGAAGUCUGUGACCGUGACACCCAACCAGAAGUCAGCGACCGAUGUUGUCAAGAUGGUCGACGUUCCUGACAAGUUGCCCCUACCCGAGGGCAACCAUUGGGACGUGUUUGUCACGUUCGCCGCAAGCACGACACACGUAUACGUCCGCUUGCUGGAUGUUGCUGACCAAUAUGAUAAACUUGCUGAAGAGAUGGACGAGUUUUACGCUGAAAACUCACUGCCCGUCUCCGAAGCUGAAGUAAUGGGGCUGUAUGCUACAAAUGUUGAAGACAAUUGGAUGCGAGUACAAGUACUUGAAGUACAAGAUGGAAAGGCUGACUGCUUUUUCCUUGACCAUGGCGAUGUUGACUAUGUGCCAGUCGAUAAGCUCCAAAAGUUGGAUCCUAGGUUUUUAAAGGUUCCACUGCAGGUUGUGCGUUGCCAGUUGAAUCAGUUGGCUGAUGUUGCUGAAGACGACCUUGUUGGGACGAAACUGUUGGAAGAACUUCUCGUCGGCAAGUGUCUAAUUGCCGAAAUUACUGCCAGGGAACCUGAAGUGAUUGCAACCUUCUACGAUACGACAACUGCCGAGGAUGUGAAUCUCAAUGCCCUGUUGCUGAAGCGUCUUCAGACUCCGACGCUGCCAGGGCCUGAACAAAUCACGCGUGUGCGGCUCAGUCACAUCGACCUGGAAGGAAAUCUCUACGUGCAGCUGCAGGGGUCCGGACUGAGCUACGUGAAUCAGUUCAUGGGAGUUGUUGGCAGCCACAUAAAACAAAAUAACCACCAGCCUGCAGCGACGCUUUGCGAGUCAAAGCUGUACGCCUGCAGGCAGGAGCACACAGCUAUUUUCUGCCGAGCGCUUCUCCUCUCUGCUACACGCACAAAGGGUGACAAGGUGCUUGUGAGGCUUGUGGACAUUGGCAAGGAGACGCUGGUGUGCGCAUCAGACCUCUAUGAGCUGGAUGUCUUCGGGGAAGGCUUUGUGAGCUUCCCACACCAGGCCAUCAUCUGUCGUCUAGCAUAUGUCGCACCUGGUAAUUGGACGCCAAAAGUGACGUCUCUUCUGAGAGACUUGGUUCCCGUGGACCUUGAUCUGCUACUCAAGGUUGUUGCACCAGCAGAGGACGGCUCGACACCGCUGGUCGCCAUGUUUAAGCGUGUUGGACCAAACAGCGAGCUGGUGUCCGUCAACACAUCAUUGACGAUAGCCUUAGAGUCUGCAAAGCAAGAAGAAAAAAAAGCCAGACGAGUGCCUCCCUUGGCUCGUUCCUCGUCGCAAACCUCUUCCGAGAAAAAGGUUGAAGAGAAGAAGGUUGACGUGAAGAAAACUGAUGCCAAGAAAGCGGAACAGAAAAAGGGCGAAGCAGCAACCAACGGAGGUUCCAGCGACUUUUCGCCGACAUUGAAAAUGAGCCCAUCAACGGUGACCUUUGGGCCCGGAGGAGAUGGCCCAGGCGUCACCGGCAGCACCUCACCAGUGUCUGAGCUUGCAACGCUCAGCCUGAUGCUGUCGCCCGAACUGGAUGAGGAAGGCUUGCAGGGCAAGCCCCUUGCAGCGCCAGAGCUGCCCGAGGUCGGGGAGUACCUGGACGUCAAUGUGACAGAGGCAGCCAACCCGCUGAACUUCACAUGUCAGUCGUGGGCCCACGGGCCACAGCUGGACGCCCUGAUGUCAGAAAUGCAGAGUUUCUACGCCGCCGAGGGCUCCAGUGCCUUCCCCGAGGGCCUGCCCGAGGCACUGCUGCGCAAGGGGCGCUACUAUGCAGGCCGCCACAUCGACGAAAACUGGUAUCGUGUGCUGGUGCAACAGGUACAGGGGCCACAAAUGGCAAGUGUGUACUUCGUGGACUACGGGGACUACGGCAUGAUGCAACCGUCGGAGCUGCAGCCCCUGUGGCAACGUUUCAGGCACCUGCCAGUGCAGGCCAUCCAGGCAUCCCUCGCAGGUGUGGAACCUGUGCAGAAUGACUGGAAUCCAUUGGACUGCAUCAACUUCCGAAACAUCGUAAAGGACAGGCUGUUUGUGGCACGCAUUGUGGCCAAGAAGCCGGACACCAAGACGGGCGUUGCGGGUGCCCAGCAUCUUGUGGUACGUCUCGUCGACACCUCCACCGAAGACGACGUCCACAUCGAUCAGCUGCUUGCCGAGCGCAGCAUCGUGCGGCUUGUCUCAACCUGAUGCGUUGACCAUGCAGUAAACUGUCCGCAUCAAACGCUCUCCUCCCGCUCCCCCUGUCUUCAUUAAUUGUCGUGCCUUACUUUUUUCUUCGCACAAUUUUUCUCUUAUACCAUCGUUACUCCGCGACAAUUCUUUUUGCUCCCCCUUUGUGAACCUGCGGAAAGGGGCAAUGAAUGUGUGUGCCUACGUUUUCUGUUGUGUGUUUCUACUACUGGCUAACUUAUUGCUUGCAAGUUGCAGGGACGUCGGUAGAGACGAGAUUGCCUUCCGCUAUUUCUUUGUAACUCAUCAGGGGUUGUUCGAAAUAACGUUUUACCUCGACUCCUCCACUUUGGUUUCAUUCACUUGUAUUCAUUGUGACCUCUGCCUGCAGGCUGCUGAAUAGAUGCCUUGGUUUACUCAUUUUCACCUCAUUUGUAGGAGCGACUUUGAGGAGGUAGGCCGUGGAUGCUGCGCUCAAAAAUGUGUAUGCAAGGUUACAUUCCCGCUGAUUUUUUUUCUUUUGUGUGGCAUUUUAAGUGGAUGCAAUGUCAUUUGACGCACUUUGCUCUUUUAGACGUCAUGCCAAAUUUUGCGAACGAUAGAUCUUGUAUUGGCUCAUUUAGUGAUUGCUAAUUUGAUGUUUUUUUUUAUUAAAUUAUGUUCUGGUUGAUCUUUUACUUUAACGAACAUCUGAAGAAAUUGUGUGCAGUGAGAGAAUUGUCUAGUGUAGACUAUGCGUGCAUUGCUAACUAUGCACUAAAUUCCCCCUUUGAUUGCAGUGUGUGUGUAUGCAUAUUAUGCAAAUAUGUCACGUUUGAAUGCAUACACAUGCUUGCAUGGUGCCGUUGGCACAGGUGUGCAUUUUUGGGAUUCAAGGCCUCGUAAUGCUCAAGAUCUCUCUGCCUUAUGGUGACCUCUCAUAGGAGUUGGUGUGCUGUGACAUGGCCAAAACAAUCUAGCUGUGCUUGUUUAACAAUUUUAGUGGUAGCAAUGUUUUCUGUCGUUAUCGAAUAAUGGGAAAUAAAUCUCGGCACAGAAGGAUGGUGGAGUGACACAGCGGCAGCUAAAUAUUGAUUUCCUACAUGUACGUGUGUACAUGUUCAGUUGUCAGUAAGCCCGCUCGUUUUAUUUGUUUUACCAUGUAUUGUAGUAGGGAAAAGCUCAACUUUUCUAUCUUCUGUGCAAUAGCAAUAAUACUGUGAUCUAUUAAGGAACAAGCUUUGCUUUGAGAACACUAAAUGUGCAGCAUCAUUUAUAAGAUUGGAAACAUAUGGGGGGUGAUGGAAGCUGGCGUGUGCACUGGGUACCCUGUAAAGCAACUUGAUGUUCAGUGUGAGUUAAAUAUGCACAAUGCUGUAUGACUCGUUAAUCUCUAUUUUGCAUGUACGUUAACGUUGCUUGGAACUAAGAGUGCUAGCAUGUUUGUUUUGUUUCUCCCCAUAUGUGUGCAAUAUGUUGAAUAAUGGAGAACUUGUAUUGGUUGUCAUACUUGUUCAAUAGUCUUAUCCACUCUCCUCUAAGCUGUCCCUAAGGUACCACAUAGGUUUGCUAUUAUAUUAUCCCUGCUUGGGUGUUGUGAUCUCUUCAGCAUUUGUUUUUUGUUUUUUUUUGUAGCGAUGAGGCUGCUUUUGUUUGUGUUGUUCAUGCUUUGAAAAAUAUUUGAUGUAGUGUAAUAUUUUAUUUGAACCUAAUUGUCCGUUUGCUUUUGUUUUUUUUAGAACAAUUUUAUAGCCUUCUUCAGUACUCAUACUAUAUCGUUUUUCAUGUUGUGUCUCUAGAAUAUAGUAAUGGGACAACAUAGGUAGUUGAGUACUGUCGGCAUAGCAAUUAUUAACUGUUAUUUUGCAGGAAUCUUGGUUAUAUAUAUUUCACUAUUAUAUAUGUUACUUUAUUGUGGCCACAAAUAAGGCUUCAUUGUGGCAAGCCCCACAUUUUGCAACAGCAUUGAACGAUACUUGUUACAGCUCUGUAUUUAAUAGUGAAGUCUUGGUUAACAUUUGAACUUGUGUGGCGCAAGUAAUGACAGUGCUUUGCAGCUUAUGGGGGUCAUGUUAAAACUGAGCACAAGUUGUUUCUCGGUAUACCAGCUCUAGGAACUAAAGCAAAGGUCCAUGUAUGCGUGAUAUGAUGCUUUUUUCGUUUUUAAUUAGCGUAACAAGUGUGUUCCUAAGUCACUUAUAAAAGAGCUCUGUGUGUUGUCAGAGGCAAAUAUUAACUCAUCCCUUUUGCUACUCUUGAGUGCCUGGCAUCAACAUUUAGCUUGUAUCAUUGAUGAUUAGGUUGCAAUAUCAACAUUUGUCCUUUAUUUUUCUCAGUGCAGAAUCUACUGCUGCUUUCAUGUUUAAUGUUGUAAGAAAGCAGAUGUUGGUGCCAAGUAUUCCUUUUUCAGAUUAGUUCCUAGAAGCUCCUUUGCACCCAUGCAUGAGUUCUACGUGUUGACGUGUGUGUAGGUGCCGGGAGAAUAUGCCAAACAGCAGGAAAAGGAAUGUUACUCUGAGAUCUGUACGUCCACGUUGCUUGCGUUUUUUCUACAAUAAACCUGCAUUCCAAAUUUUGA